UAAGCUUACAUACAAAUAUUGACAACAUGAUGCUUUUUAAUUAGCUCUAAGAAUUGGUUUAUAUUUCAGAACUAAUUGUAAUAUUUUCUUUAUAGAAAAAUUGUGCAAUCGUUAAAAUUAAAUCUUAAUGUGGCAGUUACUGCAACUACUGGAAUGGCAAGUCUGCAGAUUGGCCAUGGUGCAACUACUUUGCACCAUUGGGCCGGGAUACUUGAUGGUCGUCAUACAUAUGAAAAGUUGGCAGAAUUAUUUGACAAUGAUGACCAGUUUUCUAAUGCCAAGAAGAGAAUUGAAGAAGCUGAUACACUGAUAAUUGAUGAAAUAUCAAUGCUGUCAUUAAAAGUGUUUGAAAUGGUUGAAUUUGUGUGCAGGCAUGUCAAAAAGAAUACCAAAAUUUUUGGUGGUAUACAGGUGAUAGGAUGUGGUGAUUUUAAACAGUUGCCACCAGUACCAAAUCGCCGAUAUGAUGAUCACGGUGCAUACUGCUUUGAAAGUGAUAAAUUCAAUUUGUCAUUUCCUCAUCACAUCAAUUUAAUAGAGGUUGUCAGGCAGCAUGAGGUUAUGCUCAUUAAAGCAGUAAACCAGCUUUGUGUUGUGCCAGAUGAACAAACUGUUUCUUUCCUAAAACAACUGGAUCGUCCAUUGAAUGUACCAAAUCAUGAAGUCACAAAAUUAUUUGGAACCAAUUUUGAUGCUCAGUUUAUUAAUCAUGAAAUGUUGGAAGAAAUAGAUGAAGACUUGGUGGUUUACAAGGCUGAAGAUGAAGGGAAUGUACGUAUUUUGAGAGACUGUGUGGCUCCCAAAAGCCUACUGUUGAAGAAAGGUGCCAAAGUCAUUUUAGUCAAAAAUAUUACUCAGGGACUUUGUAAUGGCAUGCAGGGAGUUGUACACCAUGUGGCAAAGGAUAGUCUUCCUAUUAUCAUGAUUAUCAACUUUAAUGGAAAGUUAGUUACUCUUGAAAGAGCUUCCUUUGAUGUUUUUGAUCUGAAACAACAGAAGAAUUUGGCUAGCAGGAAACAGUUUCCUGUAAUAUUGGCAUUUGCACUUACUGUACAUAGAGCACAAGGACAGACACUGCAAAAUGUGGAAGUUGAUUCUUUUUCAUUUUUUGCUCCAGGACAGAUGGGUGUUGCAGUUGGGUGUGCAGUCAGCAUUGACGGUUAA